CCAAGGCACUCUUUCCAUUGCAGCUCCAACAGAGCAGACUCCAAUGAUGCAAUAGAAGAGGAGCAGAAAGAGUAAUACACGAUGACGUUCAAUAUGUUUUGCCAGCUAACCAUCUUUGUGCUGCUGUCUUCAGGUCUUUGUCACGGUGCUGGGGUAAUCCCGGUCGACUCACUGCGUGGGACACCUGGACAGAGCGUGACCUUCGCCACGUCUCUGACGCCGACAUCCGAACCCUUUCUGGCACUAACUUGGAGCUUUAACACGACCGCCAGUGUGAUCACCUCGACCAGCGUGGACGUAGUGGGAGAAGGCUACGAGGGCAGGAUCACCCUGGAUAAAAGCACGGGAUCUCUGGUACUCGGAAAUUUGACAGAGGAAGACAGCGGAGAAUAUGAGCUAAUCAUCAUCCCACAUGCUGCCCAGCCGAUUCAAGGAUAUGUUAAAUUGGAGGUGCUAAGGUGUUCCUGUCUCAUCAAAGUGAGCUACUGCACACCUUAGACUGCUGGGCCAAUGGCGA